AUGAAGUGCUAUCAAAGUGUUGGCCAACAGUCCACUGGUGUCGACUGUGCCUCAUUUGUUCGCAAAGUAUUGGUUUGCAUCAUAUGUCUGGCCUUUUGUUUGACACAACAGUCUAUUAGUGGGGCGACAGACGACUCGACAAAUGAUCAAUACUUUAAAGUGAAGCCCAAAGACGUGGAGGUUAUUGAAGGAGAUGAUGCGGAACUGGAGUGUCAAAUCAGCGGUGAUCCGGGUGUCGGUGCCAUCAGAGCCAAAGUCCAGUGGGCAAAGGAUGGCUUUUUAUUG